AUGGCUACCCAGGAUGAGGCCCAUAUUGCUGAAUUGAAGAAGAAGAGAACUUUCCGCAAGUUCACUUACCGCGGAGUUGAUCUUGAUCAGCUUUUGGAUAUGUCUCGCGAACAAUUCGCCAAGCUCCUUCCAUGCCGCAUGCGCAGACGUCUCGACCGCGGAUUGAAGAGAAAGCAUUUGGCUCUCAUCAACAAGGUCCAGAAGGCCAAGAAGGCCGCUGGAGUUCUCGAGAAGCCAGCUUGCGUUAAGACCCAUCUCCGUGACAUGAUCAUCCUCCCAGAAUUGGUCGGAGCUGUCAUCGGAAUCUACAACGGAAAGGUCUUUAACCAGACUGAGAUCAAGCCAGAAAUGAUUGGAUAUUACUUGGGAGAGUUCGCCAUCUCUUACAAGCCAGUUAAGCACGGAAGACCCGGUAUUGGAGCUACCCACUCUUCCCGAUUCAUUCCACUCAAGUAA